UGGCAUGCAAAGCAAAGGACGGAAUUAUAAAACAUAGCUAUUGAAAUUAAAAGCAUAGAACGUAGUAUUAACGGAUACAUAAUUUUACAUAAGACUUAACCAAAAUGAAUAAGGCGGCUUCAAGAAAAAUCGAAACUCCAAAGUCGUUGCUCAUAAGGCGAGUACGGAACAGCAAAUUAUUGAAAAUACCAUCGGAUGCUCAGCAAUAUAUCAAGGAUUACGAUACACCGUAUACAGAGUUGAAUAUUAAAAAGCGGUCUUUUCCAGUACGGGAUAGAAAAUUGACCGAAGAAGACCCCCGGAAUCCGUUCGAUUUACCUAAACACUUACGACUUUUUGUAUUCACCGACCGUAAAAGGAAAUGUAAACCAGAACCUUUUAUCAUGAGCGAACCGCACACGAUAUGCGAUAUUGACAACACGUUUUACAAAGCCAUCGAAGGUCGGCCUCUAAGACCACCGGGUGACGUGAAAAUGUACAUGAAAAAUAUAAGAGACAUAACUCUUUACCGAGCUAACGCUGCUUAUUUGAUGGAUCAACUCAUACAAAUUGAAACCGAUUUAGUUGACGAAGGAGUUGAGUGUAAAAAAGUCAGCGAGUUGUUUGCGAAAUGUAAAAACAAUUUUGUACAGUUUGCCAAAGAAAGUUACGAAGUGGCAAAAAUUAUUCAGAUGAUGGCUGAAGAAAGGGGACAGUUCCUAGCGAAAGUGGCUGAUAAGUUGGAAUCUUAUUGUUUUGAAUAUGUUAAAGUGCGCAACCAAGUAUCUGCAACUGCUGCAAUUUUCGAGAUAUUAGCUAAAUAUAGAAGGUUUUUAAACUCAUUGAGCCCGGGCACAUGGCGAGAAAAGUAUGACAGAGAUUCUUCUGAAGAAAAGGUUUGUUUAGUUGCCCCUACCGACGAUGAAACAGCAUCUCCCGAGGAAUCCAUUGAUUUUUACAAACAAAGCUUGACAAAAAUUGAACAAAUUCAACCAGUGUUAUAUUUUAAACACCCAGAAGAGCUAAUGCUAGUAUAUGAAGAGCUUGGAGAGCAAUGUUUAAACUACAUGCAAGUUGAAGUUAUGGCAAGUCCUUUGCUAAAUGCAGUUAUAAAAAACAAGGAUGAUUUAAAAGCAGAAGUAAUGGCUGAAAUUGCAGAAGUAGUGGAAAUUGUAGAAUUAUACAAAUAUGAGGUGACAUUUGUAGAAGAAAAAGAGAAAGCGUAUGAGGAAGCGUUCUUUUCAUUACUUAUGAAUGAAUUUAAAGAAUUGUGCUCUUCUGAAGAUACUAUAAAAUUAUUCACAUAUAUACAGUAUGCCAAUAAACAGCUUUUUGGAGGUACCGAGGAUCCCAAAGACGAUAUAACAUCAAUCAUGCUGCAACUAGAAUUGCACUAUCUUGAGCUUACUUUAGGAUUAGAUAGUUUGGAUCAAACUAUCGUCAAGCAAGCGGUAAAUGAAUUCUUUGCUGAAGACAUUAAAAUAAUGAAGAGGGCUCAUAACGCGCAGAGGAGUAUGCGAGAAUGUGAUAUACUAAAGAAAGCCCUGUACACGAGCUUUGAACCGCCAAGAUCGAAGCGUAAAUAAAACAUAAAAGUGUUUUGGUAUUUCGCCAGUGGUAGAGAUAUUUAGUUUAUUAAAAUUCCUAGACGUAAGGUCUUUUAUGCGCGUUAUUACGUUGGCUAGACUUCCGCGCAUUCGGUUGCCUUGAGCGGAUUAUUUCAAAUGUAAUUAUCAUAAGUUAGGUCGCACACGGCUGAUUCCGAGUGUUCUGUUACGUUACUCGCGCACCCCGGGGACCAAACAUUUGCUUUCAUGAAUACCUUACCAUAACAGACGGUACUCAACCUACACCGUAAAAGCAACAAUGUAAAUUUAAUCUCAAUCUCAUUGUAAAUAACGCGCGUUUCGCAUUUCUGUCUAGUGGCUUUAUUAUUUUAAGAUGCUUGAGAGCCAUUUUUUAAUUUUUUCGCGAAAUUAUAAAUUUAAUUAAACUUACAACAAUAACUUCAAUAUGCUGUAAUUACAGCUUAGGUCUCCUACGUACGAAAAAUACGUUUUCAUUAUAAGCAAGGUAAACAUAUAAAAAUGAAUACCUACAAAAAUGAACCAAAUACGUCGAUUACGGAUCAUACGAAUGAAACCGAAUUUGGUAUAACUUGUUUAAUUUUUAAAAGCCGAUGAAUAUUUCAAUGAAAAUUGAAUAAUCUCGUUUCUGAUUACAGUUCGCGGCGGGUACAAAAAGUUCAUAUUGUGUCAAUUUAACUUCUAAUCACUUUUUAAAUACGUUAGGAGCUACGCGCGCCCGAUCAACGAAUAAAUUUGAAUGUAUUAACAAACUGAUUCGAAUACGCCUCGUCGCUGACAAUUCGAGGGGAACAAAUUGAUUUUAGCUUAAAUAUCCAUUCACUCAAAAAAUAAUAAUAGAACGUGUUAUAUUUCUAUAAACACUCUAUUUGCAAUUGCAAUUUAUAAUUAUUAAAAAACAAAUUUCUCCGCCACAGAGUUUUAGAUUAAGCACGAACUUAAACCGUUUAUAAAUAUUUCAAUAACACGAAUUCUUUCACGGCUGAGCGUUUAUAGAAAUUCGAUUUAUUGUUUAAACAAAAGUACGUCGAAAUGGCGGAGGUUUAAUGCAUGCAUUCCGCUGUUAUUAAAAUCGCUGAAGCGUCGGCUGCCGGGCCCGCCGUGGCCUAACAAAGGGAGCAGCCAUCCGUCGAUUGAUAAUUAAUAUUGUUUUAUUAUAAACCCGUGGAAGCUGUGUAUCUUGGAGCUGCGCCCUGCCUCUGAACAGAACCAUCCAGCCGUUCUAAUUCUGUAAUGCUAUUAAAUGUUUAGAUAAGUUUUAAUUAGGGAAUGUUUGAUUAUAAAAUUUGCGAUUAAACAUUCCCCGUU